UCAACGUCACAUACAAUACACAUAACAACUGAAUAUCGAUUUCCACCGUAAAUUUAAUACCAAUUGCCAAUUUUGAAGACACACGAAAAUGAUUGAGAUGCUUCUGAAUCUGCAGCUAUUAGCUUCUUUCUUUCUCUUAUUCAGCCUUCCCCUCGUUUUCUUCUUCUUCUUCUUCUCCAAGUCCACAGAUUUGAAAAAGAAAGAAGAAGCUCAUACAACCAUCACUCCCCCAAAAGUAUACCCACUCAUUGGCUCCUACUUAGCCUUCAAAGACAACACCAACCGCCGCAUCCAGUGGCUAUCCGAUCUGGUCAAAAUCUCACCCGCCGCCACUAUCACCCUCCACCGCCCCUUGGGCAGCCGCCAAGUCGUCACCGGCAACCCCGCCACUGUAGAGCACAUUCUCAAGAGCCGUUUCUCCAACUACAAAAAGGGAAACACCUUUAUUAACACCCUCUCUGAUUUCCUCGGCACUGGAAUCUUCAACGCCGACGGCGACACGUGGAAGUUUCAGAGGCAAGUGGCCAGCCACGUGUUCAACACAAAGUCUCUUCGCAAGUUCAUUGAACAAGUGGUCGACACCGAGCUCUCCGAUCGUCUCCUCCCCAUCCUCGCUUCAGCGGCAGCAACACAAGACCAAACCCUAGAUUUCCAAGACAUUCUCCAACGUUUCGCCUUCGACAACAUCUGCAAAAUCGCGUUCGGCUUCGACGCGGAGUACCUGACGCCGUCAGUUGAACGGAGCAAGUUCGCCGUGGCCUACGAAGAAGCCACGGAGAUCAGCAGCAAACGGUUCCGCGAGCCGUUUCCGUUAAUUUGGAAAGUGAAGAGGGUGCUUGACGUAGGUUCGGAAAAGCGAUUGCGAAUGGCAGUGAAGGAAGUGCAUGAGUAUGCGAAGAACUUAGUGAGAGAAAAGAAAAAGGAGCUGAAGGAGAAGGCCUCGCUUGAAUCGGAGGACAUGCUUUCGCGGUUCUUGAGUUCGGGGCACUCCGAUGAGGACUUCGUGACGGACAUAGUUAUAAGUUUCAUUUUGGCAGGGAAGGACACGACGUCGGCGGCGCUGACGUGGUUUUUCUGGCUGCUAGCUAAGAAUCCGCGCGUGGAGAGGGAGCUUGAGAAGGAGAUAAUGGAGAAAUCAGAGGCUCCGGUGUACGAUGAAGUGAAACAUAUGGUUUACACGCACGCGGCGUUGUGCGAGAGCAUGAGGUUGUACCCACCGGUGCCGAUGGACACGAAGGAAGCAGUGGAGGACGACGUUUUGCCGGAUGGGACGGUGGUGAAGAAAGGGACGAUGGUGACAUAUCAUGUUUACGCGAUGGGGAGAAUGGAGAGCAUUUGGGGUGAUGAUUGGGCUGAGUUUAAGCCUGAGAGAUGGUUAGAGAAGGAUGAAACUGGAAAGUGGAGGUUUGUCGGCAGAGAUUCUUUAAAUUAUAAUCUGUUUAAGGAAGGUCCUAGGAUGUGUUUGGGGGAGGAAAUGGCUUUCAUGCAGAUGCAGAGGUUGGUGGCUGGGAUUAUGAGGCGCUUCAGGGUUGUUCCCGCGUUGGCGCCGGGUGUCGACCCUCACUUCAUUUCCUUCUUAAGUUCCCAGAUGGAAGGUGGUUUCCCCGUCAAGAUCCUCCACAGGGAAACUUCACAUUCAAACUAAAUCUAUCUUGUUUAAUUAGUCCAUGUCAUUUACUUUUCUUUCUUCAAGUUGGAUGUUAGACUAGAGCGUUGAUCUUGUUUGUAUGUUUUUUAUUAAUUAUUUGAAGCUUAUAAUAAAUUACGAUUAAUGUUAGUUAAAUUUAUAUUUCUUAAAGAAGAUGGUGAAGAAUAGAGGUAAGCAAGGACAUGGAUAUGGAUACCGAAUUGUGUACUAAUACCUUUUAGUGGAAUAUAAUAAUAUGGCCUAUUGGAGUGGGAACAUAAUUAUGAUU